UAUAAUGUAAUUAAAAUAAAAGCGUUACCAAAAGUCAAGAGAGACAACUUUAAUUAGAAAUUAUAACACUGACAUGGUAAACCAACCCCCAUUUCUAUGAAGGAACAAAAAUAUGCUUAGAACGUGCAGUACUUAUUCUCUUAAAUUAAGGCCUCAAAGGCAUCUCCAUCAAGUUAGUUGUCGAUGGCCAUGAUGAACUAACAAACUCAAUAUUCAAUUCAAGCUUCCAAAAAGUCCUAUCUCUGAUAAGCCAAGAUUGAAUUAAAAAACUGUAAUGCAUAGUUUUAGGCCCAAAAAGCUUUCACAUUUGAAGAUUAUUCAAUCAUAAUCUGUCAACCAACAAGGCAUUGAUGAGUAGUAUAUAAAGGGUUGGAAGCAUACCUUGUAAUGCAACUCACACCCAUAAUCUAUUGUAUUUGAAGGAGAUAGAUAUCCAGCAAUAAGUGGGCAUUGCUGGAAGAUGGGGGCUAUGAAGCCUUUGAGGCAUUGGCCUCAGCUGCUCUCGGUGGUGGCGAUUUGCCUCAUUGCCACCACCGUAGUGACUGCUCAACUCGAUGAUGAUUUGAUGUUACCUAUCAAAAACCCUGACCUCGGUGGUGAUUUACCAAAGCAUCAUCAUCACAGUACUUAUCCGCCGGUGGAUCAUCACCAUAAACCACCACAGUCGAAGUAUGGACACCACCACAAGUCACCACCUCCACCAAAAUACAAGCACCACCACAUGCCACCCCCACCCAAACAUUACCACCACCACAAGUCACCACCUCCAUAUCUUUACAAGUCUCCGCCACCACCGCCUCCUUACGUCUAUAAGUCUCCGCCACCACCGCCUCCUUACGUCUAUAAGUCUCCGCCACCACCUCCCUACAUUUACAAAUCUCCGCCCCCACCUCCUUAUGUCUAUAAAUCUCCUCCACCACCUCCCUACGUCUACAAGUCUCCGCCACCACCUCCCUAUGUCUACAAGUCUCCUCCACCACCUCCAUAUGUAUACAAGUCUCCACCACCCCCACCUUAUGUUUACAAGUCUCCGCCACCACCUCCCUACAUUUACAAGUCUCCUCCACCACCUCCAUAUGUCUACAAGUCCCCUCCACCACCUCCCUACGUCUACAAGUCCCCUCCACCACCUCCCUACGUCUAUAAAUCUCCUCCACCACCUCCAUAUAUCUACAAAUCUCCGCCGCCGCCACCCUACGUUUACAAGUCCCCGCCACCACCUCCCUACGUCUAUAAGUCUCCGCCACCCCCACCUUACGUCUACAAGUCCCCUCCACCACCUCCCUACGUCUACAAGUCCCCUCCACCACCUCCCUACGUCUAUAAAUCUCCUCCACCACCUCCCUACAUCUAUAAAUCUCCGCCGCCACCAUCUCCUUAUGCUUAUAAAUCUCCUCCACCACCUCCCUAUGUCUACAAGUCUCCUCCACCACCACCAUACGUUUAUAAAUCUCCUCCACCACCCCCCUAUGUCUACAAGUCUCCACCACCCCCACCUUAUGUUUACAAGUCUCCACCACCACCUCCCUACGUUUACAAGUCUCCGCCACCACCUCCCUACAUCUAUAAAUCUCCUCCACCGCCUCCCUAUGUCUACAAGUCUCCACCACCACCUCCCUACGUUUACAAGUCUCCACCACCACCUCCCUACAUCUAUAAAUCUCCUCCACCGCCUCCCUACGUUUACAAGUCUCCGCCACCACCUCCCUACGUCUAUAAAUCUCCUCCACCACCUCCCUACGUCUAUAAAUCUCCUCCACCGCCUCCCUAUGUCUACAAGUCUCCUCCACCACCACCCUACGUCUAUAAAUCUCCUCCACCGCCUCCCUACGUCUACAAAUCUCCUCCCCCACCACCCUAUGUCUAUAAGUCCCCUCCACCACCUCCCUACAUCUAUAAAUCUCCUCCACCACCUCCUUAUGUCUACAAGUCUCCUCCACCACCUCCCUACAUUUAUAAAUCUCCGCCACCACCAUCUCCUUAUGUAUACAAGUCUCCACCACCACCUCCCUACGUUUACAAGUCUCCUCCCCCACCUCCCUACAUCUAUAAAUCUCCGCCACCGCCUCCCUACGUCUACAAGUCUCCACCACCACCUCCUUACAUCUACAAAUCUCCCCCACCCCCUCCCUAUGUUUACAAGUCUCCUCCACCACCACCCUAUAUCUAUAAAUCUCCUCCACCGCCUCCCUACGUCUACAAGUCCCCUCCACCACCUCCGNCUCCUUACGUCUAUAAGUCUCCGCCACCACCUCCCUACAUUUACAAAUCUCCGCCCCCACCUCCUUAUGUCUAUAAAUCUCCGCCACCACCUCCCUACGUCUACAAGUCUCCGCCACCACCUCCCUACAUCUAUAAAUCUCCUCCACCGCCUCCCUACGUGUACAAGUCUCCUCCACCACCUCCAUACGUAUACAAGUCUCCUCCACCGCCUCCGUACGUCUACAAGUCUCCUCCACCGCCUCCCUACGUCUACAAGUCUCCUCCACCACCUCCCUACGUCUACAAGUCUCCGCCACCACCUCCCUAUGUCUACAAGUCUCCUCCACCACCUCCAUAUGUAUACAAGUCUCCACCACCCCCACCUUAUGUUUACNUCCCUACGUCUACAAGUCUCCUCCACCACCUCCCUACGUCUACAAGUCUCCGCCACCACCUCCCUACGUCUACAAGUCUCCUCCACCGCCACCCUACCNACAAGUCUCCGCCACCACCUCCCUACAUUUACAAGUCUCCUCCACCACCUCCAUACGUAUACAAGUCUCCUCCACCGCCUCCGUACGUCUACAAGUCUCCUCCACCGCCUCCCUACGUCUACAAGUCUCCUCCACCACCUCCCUACGUCUACAAGUCUCCGCCACCACCUCCCUACGUCUACAAGUCUCCUCCACCGCCACCCUACCUCUAUAAAUCUCCUCCACCGCCUCCCUACGUGUACAAGUCUCCUCCACCACCACCCUACGUCUACAAGUCCCCACCACCGCCUCCCUACAUCUACAAGUCUCCUCCACCUNCUCCACCACCUCCCUACGUCUAUAAAUCUCCUCCACCACCUCCAUAUAUCUACAAAUCUCCGCCGCCGCCACCCUACGUUUACAAGUCCCCGCCACCACCUCCCUACGUCUAUAAGUCUCCGCCACCCCCACCUUACGUCUACAAGUCCCCUCCACCACCUCCCUACGUCUAUAAAUCUCCUCCACCACCUCCCUACAUCUAUAAAUCUCCGCCGCCACCAUCUCCUUAUGCUUAUAAAUCUCCUCCACCACCUCCCUAUGUCUACAAGUCUCCUCCACCACCACCAUACGUUUAUAAAUCUCCUCCACCACCCCCCUAUGUCUACAAGUCUCCACCACCCCCACCUUAUGUUUACAAGUCUCCACCACCACCUCCCUACGUUUACAAGUCUCCGCCACCACCUCCCUACAUCUAUAAAUCUCCUCCACCGCCUCCCUAUGUCUACAAGUCUCCACCACCACCUCCCUACGUUUACAAGUCUCCACCACCACCUCCCUACAUCUAUAAAUCUCCUCCACCGCCUCCCUACGUUUACAAGUCUCCGCCACCACCUCCCUACGUCUAUAAAUCUCCUCCACCACCUCCCUACGUCUAUAAAUCUCCUCCACCGCCUCCCUAUGUCUACAAGUCUCCUCCACCACCACCCUACGUCUAUAAAUCUCCUCCACCGCCUCCCUACGUCUACAAAUCUCCUCCCCCACCACCCUAUGUCUAUAAGUCCCCUCCACCACCUCCCUACAUCUAUAAAUCUCCUCCACCACCUCCUUAUGUCUACAAGUCUCCUCCACCACCUCCCUACAUUUAUAAAUCUCCGCCACCACCAUCUCCUUAUGUAUACAAGUCUCCACCACCACCUCCCUACGUUUACAAGUCUCCUCCCCCACCUCCCUACAUCUAUAAAUCUCCGCCACCGCCUCCCUACGUCUACAAGUCUCCACCACCACCUCCUUACAUCUACAAAUCUCCCCCACCCCCUCCCUAUGUUUACAAGUCUCCUCCACCACCACCCUAUAUCUAUAAAUCUCCUCCACCGCCUCCCUACGUCUACAAGUCCCCUCCACCACCUCCGUACGUCUACAAGUCUCCGCCACCACCUCCCUACGUCUACAAGUCUCCGCCACCACCUCCCUACAUCUAUAAAUCUCCUCCACCGCCUCCCUACGUGUACAAGUCUCCUCCACCACCUCCAUACGUAUACAAGUCUCCUCCACCGCCUCCGUACGUCUACAAGUCUCCUCCACCGCCUCCCUACGUCUACAAGUCUCCUCCACCACCUCCCUACGUCUACAAGUCUCCGCCACCACCUCCCUACGUCUACAAGUCUCCGCCACCACCUCCCUACAUCUAUAAAUCUCCUCCACCGCCUCCCUACGUGUACAAGUCUCCUCCACCACCUCCAUACGUAUACAAGUCUCCUCCACCGCCUCCGUACGUCUACAAGUCUCCUCCACCGCCUCCCUACGUCUACAAGUCUCCUCCACCACCUCCCUACGUCUACAAGUCUCCGCCACCACCUCCCUACGUCUACAAGUCUCCUCCACCGCCACCCUACCUCUAUAAAUCUCCUCCACCGCCUCCCUACGUGUACAAGUCUCCUCCACCACCACCCUACGUCUACAAGUCCCCACCACCGCCUCCCUACAUCUACAAGUCUCCUCCACCUCCUCCCUACGUCUACAAGUCUCCUCCACCACCUCCCUACGUCUACAAGUCACCUCCACCGCCUCCUUAUGUCUACAAGUCUCCUCCACCUCCAUCUCCAUCUCCUCCCCCUCCUUAUAUCUAUAAAUCACCACCUCCACCAUCUCCAUCACCACCUCCUCCAUAUAUUUACAAAUCUCCGCCUCCACCAUCUCCAUCACCUCCUCCACCUUAUUACUAUAAGUCACCUCCACCUCCAUCCCCAUCACCACCACCACCUUACUAUUACAAGUCCCCUCCCCCUCCAGUGAAGUCUCCACCACCUCCAUAUUAUUAUAAGUCUCCACCACCACCAUCUCCAUCACCACCACCUUAUUAUUACAAAUCACCUCCUCCACCGCAUAAAUCCAAAUAUCCACACAAAUCUCCUCCACCGCCUCCCUACGUCUACAAAUCUCCUCCCCCACCACCCUAUGUCUAUAAGUCCCCUCCACCACCUCCCUACAUCUAUAAAUCUCCUCCACCACCUCCUUAUGUCUACAAGUCUCCUCCACCACCUCCCUACAUUUAUAAAUCUCCGCCACCACCAUCUCCUUAUGUAUACAAGUCUCCACCACCACCUCCCUACGUUUACAAGUCUCCUCCCCCACCUCCCUACAUCUAUAAAUCUCCGCCACCGCCUCCCUACGUCUACAAGUCUCCACCACCACCUCCUUACAUCUACAAAUCUCCCCCACCCCCUCCCUAUGUUUACAAGUCUCCUCCACCACCACCCUAUAUCUAUAAAUCUCCUCCACCGCCUCCCUACGUCUACAAGUCCCCUCCACCACCUCCGUACGUCUACAAGUCUCCGCCACCACCUCCCUACGUCUACAAGUCUCCGCCACCACCUCCCUACAUCUAUAAAUCUCCUCCACCGCCUCCCUACGUGUACAAGUCUCCUCCACCACCUCCAUACGUAUACAAGUCUCCUCCACCGCCUCCGUACGUCUACAAGUCUCCUCCACCGCCUCCCUACGUCUACAAGUCUCCUCCACCACCUCCCUACGUCUACAAGUCUCCGCCACCACCUCCCUACGUCUACAAGUCUCCUCCACCGCCACCCUACCUCUAUAAAUCUCCUCCACCGCCUCCCUACGUGUACAAGUCUCCUCCACCACCACCCUACGUCUACAAGUCCCCACCACCGCCUCCCUACAUCUACAAGUCUCCUCCACCUCCUCCCUACGUCUACAAGUCUCCUCCACCACCUCCCUACGUCUACAAGUCACCUCCACCGCCUCCUUAUGUCUACAAGUCUCCUCCACCUCCAUCUCCAUCUCCUCCCCCUCCUUAUAUCUAUAAAUCACCACCUCCACCAUCUCCAUCACCACCUCCUCCAUAUAUUUACAAAUCUCCGCCUCCACCAUCUCCAUCACCUCCUCCACCUUAUUACUAUAAGUCACCUCCACCUCCAUCCCCAUCACCACCACCACCUUACUAUUACAAGUCCCCUCCCCCUCCAGUGAAGUCUCCACCACCUCCAUAUUAUUAUAAGUCUCCACCACCACCAUCUCCAUCACCACCACCUUAUUAUUACAAAUCACCUCCUCCACCGCAUAAAUCCAAAUAUCCACACNCUCCUCCACCGCCUCCCUACGUCUACAAGUCUCCUCCACCACCUCCCUACGUCUACAAGUCUCCGCCACCACCUCCCUACGUCUACAAGUCUCCUCCACCGCCACCCUACCUCUAUAAAUCUCCUCCACCGCCUCCCUACGUGUACAAGUCUCCUCCACCACCACCCUACGUCUACAAGUCCCCACCACCGCCUCCCUACAUCUACAAGUCUCCUCCACCUCCUCCCUACGUCUACAAGUCUCCUCCACCACCUCCCUACGUCUACAAGUCACCUCCACCGCCUCCUUAUGUCUACAAGUCUCCUCCACCUCCAUCUCCAUCUCCUCCCCCUCCUUAUAUCUAUAAAUCACCACCUCCACCAUCUCCAUCACCACCUCCUCCAUAUAUUUACAAAUCUCCGCCUCCACCAUCUCCAUCACCUCCUCCACCUUAUUACUAUAAGUCACCUCCACCUCCAUCCCCAUCACCACCACCACCUUACUAUUACAAGUCCCCUCCCCCUCCAGUGAAGUCUCCACCACCUCCAUAUUAUUAUAAGUCUCCACCACCACCAUCUCCAUCACCACCACCUUAUUAUUACAAAUCACCUCCUCCACCGCAUAAAUCCAAAUAUCCACACUAGAACACCGCCAACAAAAGUUCACUGAGUCAUGGCAUUUAAAUUAUAUUAAGUUGUAUGAAUAAUAUUAGCCAACUUUCUACAUAGAAGGUGAAUUUGGAGGCGAUCAAUUUAAUUAAUGGUGUGACUGUUCCUGGAUCCUUUGCGAGUGUAUCAUUCCAGAGGAAUUGUUGUAUUGUUUUUUUUGGCAUCCAAGAUCUGGAUGCUAAAGAUUUGAAUUCUAUCAAUUGUUGUAUUUGACUUUACAUAAUCCUUCGCAAAUUCAAUUCUUCUGGUUUGUGUUUAUCACUAUUUCAUUUAAAUUUAUGUAUUUUGAUGUUUAAUUGAUGAUGACGAGAUCGUAAGCUUUCUGAAAUUGAUGUAUUUAAAUGUUCAAGUUAUGA